UCUGGAGGCAUGCCGACCUCGGGCUUGGAGUUUAUCCCAUUUACAGCUAGAGCUAAUGAAUAGCCCUGUCAAGACUGCAAAGUAAAAGUAUUAUUUUAAAUCAGUGAUACAUUUCAGUUGCCUUACACAAUCGGAGGUAGCCUACCUAGAGGUGAAGUGUUGUGUUCUCAGGAGAAAUGGGAUUUUACUUAAAACUUUCUGCAUUGGUUGGUGUCACUGCAGCUUUAUUUGCACUGUACAUGAGUGGACCAGCUUUCAGCUCUGAGUCUUUAAAGGGGGCCCGUGUCUUGGUGACAGGGGCUAGCGCUGGUAUUGGGGAACAAAUUGCCUACCACCUAGCAAGAUCUGGGGCUCAGAUUGUUGUCACUGCAAGGAGAGGUAAUGUUCUGCAGGAGGUCGUGGAAAAAUGUUUGGGUCUGGGAGCACAGAAAGCUGUGUACAUCCCAGCAGACAUGGCAGAGCCAGCUGACCCAGAGAAGGUGGUGAGCUUUGCAGUGGAGCAGCUUGGAGGGUUGGACUACCUCAUCCUAAACCACAUAGGACCCAGCCCCUUUGCCUUCUGGGAUGGAGAUAUCGAGCAUACUAAGUGGCUAAUGCAGGUAAACUUUUUGAGCUAUGUGCAGAUGGCAUGGAAGGCCAUACCAACUCUUGAGGACAGUAAAGGAUCCAUAAUAGUGGUGUCCUCCAUGCUUGGGAGGAUGUGCUCUCCAUUUGUGGCCCCCUACUCCUCUACAAAAUUUGCCUUGAAUGGCUUCUUCGGCACGCUGCAGCAUGAACUGGCCAUGAAGAACAGCAACGUGACCGUCAGCAUUUGUACUCUGGGGCUAAUCGACACAGAUUCGGCAAUGGAGAAAGUCAGGUUGGCUGUUUCAAAGUUUCCCGAAAUGAUAAGGAAGUACACCAACAUGACGGCAUACCCGGCCAGCGAUGCUGCUCUGCAGAUCAUCAAGGCUGGAGUCACUCGGCAGUCAGAGAUCUUCUACCCCUGGUUCACCUACUACCUCAUCAACAUUAAGGACUGGUUUCCCAACAUGAGUAACAAGGUCAUGCGAAGCUUUUACAGCACUGAGCCGCAGUCAUAGGGGACUAAGUCGAUGACCUACAGCCUGUAGGAAAUUGAAGUGUGAAGAAUUGGGAAUUCUUAGGAAUUUACAAUUAGAAAAUUUCAACAAUUAGAAUUUUUUUUUAAGAAGCACAAUUUUAAAUGCUACUUUUAAGUUCUUCAGCUUCUUUCAGUGAACUGUGAAUAGUCGUGAAUCAGGUUACCUCCUAUUGAGGUUUGAUUGGGGUGUUGUGCCUGUACCUCUAGUGUAGAGGUGUAACAACAUACCCGCGCACUGUUUCAUAUAACAAUUCACCAAUGAGAAAUUGACAUUUUUAUAUUUCAUUUUGCUGUGAGAUUAUGACCAUUUCUCUCUAACUUCAAGAAGUUCCUGAGAGAUGUUGUUCUGUAGGAGCACUUCCCAUUCAAAGAAUCCUUCCCCUCAUGCACUUCCCUUGGUUUGGAGCUAACUUGCUCUGUGCUCUGUAUUAUGUGAUGCUUAUGCUUUUGUGUUGUCCGCUGUUUACUUGCAACUGAAUUCAGUAUAUAUCAUACUGUAUCCUCAUGUUUUAAGUUACUUUGCAUAAAAGUAGCACAAUGUGACAGGUUUGAGGAAAUAGAAAUGGGAAGAUUUCAAUGAGAAAAUCUCCAUGAUCAUUUUGAAGCAAAAUGUAUGCUACUUCGAGAUUCUUUAUACCUCACCUGUGUCUGAAUGAACUGUGAACCGUCAUGAUGGGUACCUACCUCCCUUUGAGGUCGGGUUGCAAUGUAGAAAAGGCCUUUAGCAUCGGAGGUAAUGUAACAUCGUGCCAGUGUUUGAUAUAACACCAUUCAGCAUGGAAAAAUGUAUAUUUUUACGUUUCAUUUUGCUACGAGAUUAUUUACUACUCUCUUAUUUACUCUGUAAUAAUGAGUAAUUCUCAGUAGAAAAAGUACCAUUUGCAAUGUUUCAUUUUGCUAUGAGAUUAUGCUAUUCCUCUCAAACUUCAAGAAGUUCCUGACAGAUGUUUAGUAGUAGCACUUCCCAUCCCAACUAUCCUUCCCCAUAUGCACUGUCCUUUGCGAAGGUCCACUCUUCUGUAUUUUGUUAUGCUUUUGCUUACUGUGUGUUUAAGUUACUUUGCGUAAAAGCAGCAUAAUGUAUGUGACAGUUUUGAGUAGGGUAGAAAAAAGAAAAUCGAAGAAUUAGGAAUUAAGAAAUGCCCUGGAGAAUUUGUGAAAGUUAAACAUUUGUUUUAAAUUAUUUUCUUCACAUGUCCUAGAGAACUGUUAAUAGUGUUGCAUCGAUACCAAUACCAGUAUCGGUGGAUCGGCACUAAAAUGGUGGUAUCGGUAUGGGCGAGUACCAACAAAUAGGGCACCGAUACCAUUUACAGGUGCUUGUAUGACACUUAAACAUCCUUGGAAUUAGUUAUUUCAUAGAGGUAUUUAAAAAGUAUAAAAAGUUUUGCUGGAUUCACUUUGUAAUAGUCUUUUUCCUGUUUCACAAAGGUAGGCAGCAUCCUCACAAAGCCAUGCAAUGAUUUUACCAAGUAGUAUGCACUACAGCCCUUCAUAUAUAUAUACAUUUAAAAUAAAAUGGUAUCGGUAUCGAUAUCGGCCGAUACUGCACAGCCAGGUAUCGGGUAUCGGUAUCGGGGCCAAAAAAUGGUAUCGGUGCAACACUACCUGUUAAUCAGGGUACUGUUCCUCUCUUUGAGGUUGGCUUGUGAUAUUGAGCUGUUAGGGCCAUUUUGGAAUAGAAGGCAUAUAACAUUGUAACAUGUAAGGAUAUAUAAAUUGAUAUACAAGUGAUAUAUAAAUAAUAUAUCACUUAAACAAUUUGUAACUGGAUGUAAACCCCAGAGACACAUGUCUCUGUGGGUGAUACUGAGACAAUUAAUAUUAAAUCUGCCUUUUUUCAUUUUUUGGGAAAAUGUACAAGUUGAGGUCUUGAAGAAUAUACACACAAUGCUUCAGAACACAGUAUUAGUUUCACUAAAAAACUACCAUUUUGUCUUAUCUAAUGCUAAUGUCAUGUAUUUUCUAUGGGCAAGAGAAAAAAAUAAUUGCUGAUUUCUCUGUUUUCUACUUUAAGAAGUGCACACACUCAAAUGGCCUCAAAUUCAUAAAAUAUUGCCAGAUUCACAUGUGUAAGGUGUCGUAAAGCUUAUCUGCACUAGCAGAGUCUAUUAUGAACUCAACAAGCCAACGGGCCUAUUUGCUGCCUUUUUUCUUGUGGCUUGUCACAUUCUACCUUUCAUUGAUGAGUGGUCCUGGUGUAAUGGUUAGGGAAGUGGCCUUAAGAUCAGAAGGCUGCCAGUUCGAAUCCCAACCUUUCAUCUCCCUACACCUCUAUCCAUGGCUGAAGUGCCCUUGAGCAAAGCACUUAACCCCACAUUGUUCCAGGGACUAAUAUCUUGUAAUUGCAUGUACUGUAAAUAGUCGCUUUGGAUAAAAGCAUCAGCUAAGUGUAAUGUAAUGUAGUGUUACUAUGACAUUUUUUUCUGUUACUUACUCGGCAGCCCGGUAACUCACCAACCACGUGGACUUUUUUAUAUACAGUAAAAACAAUUCUGAGUAUGUUUUUAUGUAUAAUCUCUCCACAAGAUUAUGGCUAAUCGAGAUUAAUGUGGUCAUUAUUGUGGUUGGGUUGUGAUGUGCUAUUGAAAUGGCCUUUUCAUGAUUUCAUAAUGUAAUAUCACAUCUAUGUGCACUGUACACUGAACCAAUUCAUUAUGAAAAAGGUAGAUUAUAUGUUUCUUGUUGCUAUGAGAUAUGGUCAUUUCCUUCGUAGUUCCUCAGAGAUGUUUUUCUGUGCGAGCCUUUCCCAUUCAAAAUAUCCUCCUUUGCUCUGUCCCGAUGCUCUUCACAUCUUCAGCUGAAGAGACUCUUUGGGUCAGUCUUGGUACAAUGUUACAUAGCACUACAUUACAAGUGACAUGUCCUGAAGUCACCUGACAUUCAGCAUUGAUGAUGCCUUUUUAUUUUUCCUCCUCUGUCUGCUUUUUUGUAACUUCUUUUUUGAACAGCAUCAAGAAACAAUUCCUGAUGGACCAACAUCACACCAUUAGCUUUACAUGUGGAAUCAUCUUUCAGUUUUUACUUUUUUAUUUGCACUGUUACAGUUUUAGACACUAGAUGUGACUACAUAAUGUUUUGUGUUCUGUUUGUUGCUGAUAUAAUUCCUCUAGAAAAGUGUAUUAACUCUAUGUGUGGACCUCAUCCUUCAGACUUUGACACAAGAAAUGAAUAAAGCUUUUUGCGUUCA